AUGUUUAAUAUAUCUGAUAGUCAUGAAGCCGUGCACGAGGCCUCUUCCGUCGAGCAACCCGCCGUAAGUAGCCCGACCAAAUCGACAAAGCUUCUAAAUGCCUUGAACAAAGUCUCAACUUGGGUGUGGGAAUCCAUUCAUCUUCAACCAAAAGACGUCUUAAAUAUCAAACGCCCACGUGUCCGUGAUAGGAGGCUUGCCGAUGUCCGCAGAGUUGAGGGGGAUCACAAGGCUGAAGAAAAGUACAAAUUAUUGAGGGCUCUGGCUCAGAGGUCGCUUGCUCUCCAGGGUGAGAAGUCUGGCUAUCUGGAUAUUGAAAGGUUAUGUGAGAUUGUAUCUUCCAGGGGAAAGAAAAGAGUCAACAUUGGACGUCAGGGCAAGAUUUCCAAAUAUGUGACAUAUGAACUGGCUAUCGAGGAGGAAGAUGCAUCAUUUGCCAUCAGAGCAAUACAAGCUGGCAUGAGACAGUUAGUGAUGGAACGACUGCUUAAAGAAAGGCUUGGCGAUGGGGGGCAAUGUUGCACUGCAUCGGGAAUAUCUGCCUUCACAGCUCUUACCGUCACACCUUUCAGGUACCUCAACUACGGGGAAAUUCCAGAGUUUCUGGAUAAUUUGCUCCAGUUAACUUCAAUGGAUUUGUCGGUCAAGGAGGACGAGCAGGAGAUAGACCAUUCUUCGCGACCCUCCAUUGCAGAUAUUAUUAAGAAAACUUCAGUAUGGUACGACCAGCUGCAGACAUAUUACAAUAAAGUCGUUGAUAUCCGGGCAGACUUGGAAAACUACCAAACGAACAAGCGGAUGCGUAUGCAAAUCAGCUCUUCGGCCUGUGACCAUAUACCUAAGCCCAAUGGACAAUCUCAGCUGUCGGGCCGGCUUAUUACACCUAAGCAAGCUACAAUACAAUGUGCUAUUAGAUCACCUUCGCCUUGCCUCGGCGAAAAUGGAAAUAUUCACUUCCGAUGCACUGGUUCAGAAGGAAGUUCGGGUUCAUUUGAAGAAGAGUUUGACACCCCUGAGUCAAAUCUUUCAGAUUCUUCCCAGGACAUAGGCCCAGAAACCACAGAUGCUGAGUGCACUUCUAACAUUACAACCCAAAUACGCAAAUCACUAUCAGCCCGAAUCGCUCGAAGUGGCACCAGCCAUUCCUGGUCAAGCAUGCCAGAAAUGACCGCGUGGGCUGAUGUACCACUGAUAGAACCAGCACCACUCCAAGCACUCCAACCUGAUUCUAGUAAUUCUUGGGCGAAUUUACCCGCCAUGGCAGUAGGCCAUGUUCCCAAUACUCGCCCUUUAAUCAAUGAUAUCCCUCAACCCGAUGCCAGUGACGCCUGGGCAGAUUCAACCGCGAUGAUAGCAGGCCACGUUCUGUCCAACCGUCCUUUGUUGGAAAUCCCUCAACCCGAUGCUAGCGAUGCCUGGGCGAAUUCGACCGCGAUGGCAGCAGACCAUGUUCUGUCCAACUGUCCUUUGUUAGAUAUCCCUCAGCCCGAUGCCAGUGACGCCUGGGCGAAUUCAACCGUGAUGGCAGCAGGCCACGUUUCAUCCAGCCGUUCUUUGUUCAACAACGUCCCUCAGCCCGAUGCCAGUGACGCCUGGGCGAAUUCAACCGCGAUAGCAGCAGACCAUGUUCUGUCCAACCGUCCUUUAUUCGAGAUCCCUCAACCCGAUGCCAGUGACGCCUGGGCGAAUUCAACCGCGAUGGCAGCAGACCAUGUUCUGUCCAACCGUCCUUUGUUAGACAUCCCUCAGCCCGAUGCCAGUGACGCCUGGGCGAGUUCAACCGUGAUGGCAGCAGGCCACGUUCCAUCCAGCCGUUCUUUGUUCAACGACGUCCCUCAGCCCGAUGCCAGUGACGCCUGGGCGAAUUCAACCGCGAUGGCAGCAGACCAUGUUCUGUCCAACCGUCCUUUAUUCGAGAUCCCUCAACCCGAUGCCAGUGACGCCUGGGCGAAUUCAACCGCGAUGGCAGCAGACCAUGUUCUGUCCAACCGUCCUUUGUUAGGCAUCCCUCAGCCCGAUGCCAGUGACGCCUGGGCGAAUUCGACCGCGAUAGCAGCAGACCAUGUUCUGUCCAACCGUCCUUUGUUAGACAUCCCUCAGCCCGAUGCCAGUGACGCCUGGGCGAAUUCAACCGCGAUAGCAGCAGACCACGUUCCAUCCAACCGUCACUUUUUCCCUCAACCCAAUUCCAGCGAUGCCUGGGUAAAUCCCUAUACCCAGAUGCUUGAGAACACAUCUCUCGACCUAUGUAUGAACAAUGUUCCUUAUUCUGGUGCUAGUGACGCGGAAGUACCAAAAACAUCAACAGUUCAAGCACCUCAAACUAGUUGCAGCAACUCCUGGGCAAAUUCGGCCGGAAUAGCGGCAGUCCAGUUUGUUUCCAAUCGUCGCAAUGUUCCCCAUCCUGGUGCUAGUGACGCCUGGUCUGUUGUAUCUGCGACGGACUCAGCACUAACGCAAACCUCUCAUUCUGAUUCCAACGCUCCUUGGGCGAAUGGGGCAGACGUGACAUCAGUCCAGCACCCUGCGGAAGUGCCAGGAGUCACUAAGAAAACACAACCCAUGACUGGUGGGUCUUCGUUGCAACCUCGAGAUCAAUCAAAAAGUCGGCAAUAUUCUCGCGUGGUGAUGGUGAAUUGA